AUGAGACUAAAUAUCGCCAUCUUCUUUGGGGCUCUCUUUGGUGCUCUGGGGGUUUUACUCUUUCUGGUGGCUUUUGGAUCAGAUUACUGGCUUCUCGCGACUGAAGUGGGAAAGUGUUCAGGUGAACAAAAUAUAGAAAACGUCACUUUCCACCAUGAAGGAUUCUUCUGGAGAUGUUGGUUUAAUGGGAUCGUGGGAGAGAAUGAUUCCAAUAUCUGGCAGUUCUGGUACACCAAUCAGCCCCCAUGGAAGAACUGCACCCACGCUUACCUGUCGCCAUACCCCUUCCUGAGAGGCGAGCACAACUCCACCUCCUAUGACUCUGCAGUGAUUUACCGUGGCUUCUGGGCGGUCCUGAUGCUGCUGGGGGUGGUCGCCGUGGUGACUGCAAGCUUUCUGAUCAUCUGCGCAGCUCCCUUCGCCAGCCACCUUCUCUACAAAGCCGGGGGAGGCGCCUACCUCGCCGCAGGCGUCCUGUUUUCCCUGGUGGUGAUGCUGUAUGUCAUCUGGGUCCAGGCGGUGGCUGACAUGGAAAGCUACAGACGCAUGAGAAUGAGAGACUGCUUGGACUUCAGCCCCUCUGUGCUGUAUGGCUGGGCCUUUUUCCUGGCCCCGGCGGGGAUUUUUUUCUCCCUGCUGGCUGGGUUACUGUUUCUGCUUGUUGGACGGCACAUUCAGAUACAUCACUAG